UUUUAUUUUUACUACUGUUUAGUUUAUUGUGUAUUUCAGUUUAUUCUGAUCGGUUGGAUUAAAUCUCUCUAAUAUUUAAACCUAUCAUUUAAAAACAUUAAUAAUUUUAUUUCUAUUUAGCUUAUUUGCUUAGUUAAAAUGCUUGAAAAUCUACUGAAUAUUAGAUUUGAGGUGUUACUGGCGAUAGUUGUUGCUAUCAUUGCGUACGUAAUAAGAAGUGUUAUAUACAAUAAAAAGAAAAAUUAUCCACCUGGCCCAACCGGUCUACCACUUGUAGGCUAUGUACCUUACUUACGAAGUGAUGUGCAUCUACAAUUUGUUGAGCUUAGCAAGAAAUAUGGAGAAGUAUUUAGUCUACGAUUAGGUUCACAAGAUGUAAUAGUUUUGAAUGGAACUUCUUCGAUUAGAGAAGCAUUUUCGAAGUCUGAAUUUCUUGGCAGGCCACCAUCUGGAUCAUUUACUGUGUUUGAAAAAGCUGCCGGAAGUCCAUUCUUCGCCCAUAAUCUUAAUGUCUGGCAAGAACAGAGAAGAUUUGUUGUAUCAACAAUGAAAGACUUGGGGUUAGGAAAAUCAAAAAUUGAGCAACAUAUACAAGAUGAAAUAGUCCAGUUUAUGAAAACUUUGAAACGUUAUGGUGGCAAACCCAUGAACCUUCUUGAACCACUAACUCCAAGUGUUUCCAACAACAUUUGUGCUUUGGCAUUUGGAAAGAGGUAUGAUUACACAGAUCCAGAGAGGAAGCAACUGGAUAAGAAUCUAGAAGAAACAGCUAAAGUUAUAGCUCAAACAGCAGCUCAUAUUUUUUUCCCAUGGGUUCGAUAUUUCUUAAAAAUACCUUUUGUUCUGGAAUUCUUGAAUUUGAAAGAAGGGAUGAAAGCCAGCAUAAACAACGAUGCAUUAAUUAGGAAAAAAAUUAAAGAGCACAGAGAUACUCUUGACAACAAAAAUGUGAGAGAUUUCGUGGAUAGUUAUUUGAUCGAAAUGGAAAUUCGCAAAGAAAAAAUGCCUGGCACUACUUUCUCUGACACUACUUUGGUUGGAACAGUUGGUGAUCUAUUCGGUGCAGGAACUGAAACAAUUAGAACAACCUUAACGUGGUGCAUGUAUAUAAUGGCGGCAUACCCGGAUGUGCAGAAAAGAGUAGAACAGGAAAUUUUAGAUACUCUUGGACCAGAUAGACUUCCUGAGAUAGCGGAUCUAAAAGAAAUGCCGUUUACUCAUUCUGUUAUUCUAGAAAUCUUGAGAUGGAAAACAACUGUUCCUUUGAACCUUUUGAGAUACACUUCUGCAGACACAACUGUUGCAGGAUAUGACAUACCUAAAAAUACAACAGUCAUGACGAAUUUUUGGGCUGUUCACCACGAUCCAAACAACUGGAAGGAUCCAGACAGUUUUCAACCGGAGAGGUUUCUGUCUGCAGACAAAAAAUCUGUAAUUAAGUCACAACACUACAUGCCUUUCUCUAUAGGUCGAAGAGUAUGCCCAGGUGAAGCUAUGGCUUAUAUGGAAGUAUUUUUAUACUUUGCUUCGCUACUUCAGAAGUUCCAGGUUAAAUUCCCAGAAGGAGUAAAGCCAACUUUCGACUCAGAACUCACUAUAACAUAUCAUCCGAAACCAUAUAAAAUCUGCUUCAUUUCAAAAGAAUGAUUUAUUCUAGUAAAUGUGUAGCUUUAUCUCUUGCAAAAAAAUGAAGUUCUGAAAGAGAUGAUCUUUAAAAGCAGAAGUUCAUUCUGUUUUUCAACCAAUCAUCAAUGAGGAUCAAGUGUGGACGAAAAUUUUGAUGUUUGAUGUUUCUUGGAAGAAUAAAAAUAAUAAUGAAUAAAAUAUUAAUAAAUUAAAA